UGGGUGGGGCAUUCAAAUAGGUGGGUGGAGCUACAGGUUGGGAGCGCACGAGAAAAGGGCGUAGGCAACUGAAAGUGGGCGUGGCCUAUGGACAUAGUGGGCGUGGCCAGUUUUCCACUUGCACCCUGUAGGGAAACUGGGCAUGGCUACGGUUUGUGGGUGUGGCCUAUGGAAAUAGUGGGCGUGGCCAGAUUCUGCAUAUAGUCUCUAGACAAAGUGGGCGUGGCCUGUGGGCAUGGUGGGCGUGGCCAGGCUCUGCAUGUGACCACCAGGCAAAGCGGGCGUGGCCAUUUGUGGGCGUGGUUUGUUGGUACUGUGAGUGUGGCCUGUUGGAAGUGGGCGUGGCCUAAUGAAACUGGGCAUGGUAAGGUCAUGCACAAGUCUUGUAGGCAGAGUGGACGUGGGUACGGUUUGUGGGCGUGGCCUUUGGCCUAGUGGGCGUGGCCAGGUUGUGCGUGUGGUCCAUUGGUAACAUGGGCGUGGUCGCUUGUGGGCGUGGCCUGUGGGUCCAGUGGGCGUGGCCUAUUGACAGCAGGCGCGGCCUGUAGUUAUAAUGGAGGUGGGCAGGUUCUGGGUGCAGCCAUUAAAGUGGGUGUGGCUACGGGCUGUGGGUGUGGCCUGUGAGCACAGUGGGCAUGGCCUCUUGACGGUGGGCGUGGCCUAUGGACAUCAUGGGUGUAGCCAAGUUCUGCACUAGUUCUGCACUCCAAGUUCUAGAAAAGUGGGCGUAGCCUGCUGGUACAGUGGGCGUGGCUAGAAGCGUUAUGGGCGUGGCCAGCCAUGUGUGGGCGUGGCCUGGCCCCCUUUUCAUCCCCAUUGUCCCCCCUUGCAGAACCCGAGCCGCCCCCCAGCCUUCACCCCGGGGCUCUCCUCUACUGGGGGGCUCAGCACCAGCGUCUCCCAGCCAUGGCUGACGCUUUGGCCCACGGUGCAGAUCCUGGUUGGGCCAACGUGGCCGAAGAGCACCGCACCCCCCUCCUGCAGGCUGUGGCUGUGAAUUCGCUGCUGGGCUGUGAGUUCCUGCUGCAGAACGGUGCCAAUGUCAAUCAGAGGGACAGCCAUGGGCGGGGGCCGCUGCAUCAUGCCACCAUGCUGGGGCACACCGGCCUGGUGUGCCUCUUCCUGAAGCGUGGUGCUGACAUCAACGCCGUGGAUGCAGAGGGGAAGGACGCCCUCACCAUUGCCAUGGAAUUGGCCAAUGCUGAUAUCGUCACCCUGCUGCGGUUGGCCAAGAUGAGAGAGCUGGAUGUGGCCCAGGGGCAGACCGGUGAUGACACCUACCUCGACAUCUUCCGUGACAUCUCCCUCAUGGCUUCCGACAACCCCGAGAAGCUCAGCCGUGCCCCCUCAAAGCACUCCACCCUGUAGCUCCAUCCCGUCGAGGGUCAAGCCCCUCUCUGCAGAGGCGGGCCGUGCCCCCUUUUAUUAAUUGAAAUAAAGCAAUGGCCUUAUUUGUUCUCA